AUGGCUCCAGAAAUCAACGAAUUAGCUACAAAAGUAAAGUUCGAUCCGCGGGAAAGCUGCACGUUCAACCCAAACCACGAGAAACAAAUGGUGGAACUGGUGAUCAAGAACGAGAGCAGCCAGCCGAUCAUCACCAAGCUCAAGUCGACCCGGCCCAAGCACUACAAGAUGAAGCCGGUGUUCGCCCUGCUGAAACCCGGGGAGAAGAAGCCGGUGAAGCUCGUGUUCAAGGGGUUCCCGAAGAACGGCAGCUCCAAGCCGUCGGCCAAGGAUCGCUUUUCGAUCGUAUAUUCGGCGGCCCCGAAUGCGAUAAAGGACGGUGAUGACCCGCGCGCGGCUUGGACCGAUGAGCAGAACAAAAAGCUCAUCUCGGCCCAGGGCAUCUACAAAAAGGGCAUCCGCAUCAAGUACUUUGGCGUCAACGACAAAGAGCCGGAUGUGCCGACGGGCAGCGAGUUGGUGAUCGACAAGAACCAGCUGGCCAAGCUGCUGAAGGAGAAGGCGAACAACAACCGCCCGCUGCCCCCGCCCACCCCGCCGCCAAACGCGACGACCAACAACAGCGGAUCCGGCCGCCGUAUUCCCAGCCGCUCUACGCCAUCGGCGAUUCCGCUUGAACCGCCGAAGGCCGGGGACCCCCUCUCGCAAGCAAACGGCCCCAUCAUUUUCCUGGUCUACAAUCGGCAAGAAGUCGAGAUCGAGGACGAUGAUGAAGAGGAGGACGGGGAAGAAGAUGACGAAAAGGAGAAGACGCCCACCAAGAAGACGGAAAAA